AUGCAGCAUUUCGGCGAACUUUGGCUUGCCGUCCUACUCCAAUUGUGUACUCUGACUGUGGCAGCACUACCGACAAUUCCCAUCAACGCCACUGAUGGACUUGAUCUGUUGUCCAAUUUCACGACUUUGACUUCAGCAUCCCUUUCCACCCUUCCUCCGGAUCCCUACCAAAUCCGCGUCUACAACACCCCUACCAGUCUAAUCCUCCACAACUACGGCCCAGCCAUCGAGCGCGUAGACGUCCUUGAUAUCCUUCUUCAAGGGCAAUCCGACGUCGUCGACGGCCUUGUGGCCAGCCAUGGUAAUGCACCAAUCCAACGGUUGGCAUUCACUCUCUGGUCAGGGGAGUUGUAUAUGAGAAUCGAGCCGGGAAGGGGAGGACGUAUGACGUGGUUGAUGAUGGCGCAGGCGUUCAAGGGGAUUGCGCAAUUUAUGGAAGAGUAUGGGUGGGUGGCGGUGAAAUUCAUGGUAUUGGAUGAUGAGGCUGGCCUAGUGGGAACGGGGACGCUGGUCUUUUUUCGACCAAGGGGGGUUGGCGUGAAUAAUGGCUCGUCUCUGGUAGAGACAUCGUGA